AUGAGCGAGCCCUCUGCGACUUCAAAAGAUACUCCUUUCAGUGAAGGUAUUUCCUUUUCACAGAUUCCUGGCCGAUCUGGGUCAGAGUUGGCCGAGUCGCAGUCGUUUCUAUUUACUCCCACGUUUCCUGGGCGCAUAAAUCCUUCUUUACAUGGCUCCACAGAGAACACCCUACUAUCAGAAGCCGAUGCGCACUGUCGACUAGUGAGAAUGGCUAUUCCUCCAACAACACAUCCCCUCGUCUAUUAUCAACAAUCACAUCCCGCAGCAUCGAUAGCAUUGGCGUCUCCUGCCGCCCAGGUACCGGUGAGGAAGCUAUCCAAAAAACGCCCUCGCCUACCUCAAGACCCUAUAUCAGGCAGUAACGGGCCCGCCUCGGCCAAAAGAAAGUAUACACGAGUUUUCCAGGCGUGCAAAGAAUGCCGGCAGCGGAAGGUCAAGUGCGACGAGACCAUACCAUGCCAAAGCUGUAAGGAAAAGGGUGUUGGUUGCAUAUACGAUGACCCAGCGCCGAAGAGGAACACAAAUACUCACGCUGAUUGUUUAGCACAUAUAAAGCGAUUGGAAAAGAGAAUGGACGAGUUGGAAGCGUGUCUUAAGGACUUUGCUACACCAGAGCCCAAGCCGGAGCUUUCAAUGGAAGAUAAGGAUGGUCGUCCGCCAGUAUGGCUUGUUACCGCCAAUCACCCUUGUACUGACCCAGCAAACUUCGGAUCCAAAGCUACACCAGUACUAGAGAGAAGACCGUCAAGUGCCUCAUGGUGA